AUGAAUACAUUGCGACGAAAAUCGGUCAAUUCAAAUCGUAGAAGUUCGGGUAAAAGAACUGUCAGCGAUUUAGAGACGCCAGAAAAGGAUAAAGACUCUAGGAGACCGUCGAGUGUAGCUCGUCCUCCGUCUGACAUUCCUUCUACAAAGUGGUGUGAAAUUCUUGACGAUGCGGAACAAGACUUUAUCGUCAACUCGAUUCGAGAAGAGCUUAUUUGCCGAGCGAUGGAUAUGUUGUAUGCCAGAUAUCUCGAGAAGAAUUCCUACGCUUUUGUCGUUCACUGUUCGUACCUCGCCUGGAUGAGAUUGUUCAACGUAAACAUCAGGCCUGCUAAAACAUAUUUACUUUUCCGAGUUUAA